AUGAAUUCCAUUGUUAAUAAGCUUAUUUCAUUAAAGGAUUCAAAAAAAUAUCUUAAUCAGGCUACACCAUUUAUAGUUCAUUUACUUAUGAUAUGUGGUGUUGCUAUAUAUGCAAUGUUUGGAGCUAUUGUUAUGCAAAGUUUAGAAGCAAUACCAAUAAUAAAAGAACAUCCAUCAAAAGGUAGUAUAAAAAAUAGUAACAAUAGAGAAAGUAGAGAACUUAUAAAAAGUGAAGAUAAUGAAAUGUUAAAAGUAAAUCGACAUUGUUUAAUAAGUACACUUCAAAAGUCAAUUAAUGAUAUUUGUUCAGAUGAAGAUACAUCCUUAAGAAGUAUAUUAUAUUCAAUUGAUUCAUGCUAUCAUGUAAUUUUAAACUCAAAAAGUGUUGAUAGUCUUCAUGUUAUUGAAAAAAUUAUAUAUAAUACUAAAACAGGAAAAGAUGAGGUUGUUUUAUAUGAAGAAUGGUCUUUUUCUGAUUCUAUACUUUUUGCUUUUACUGUAAUUACAACAAUUGGUUAUGGAAAUGUUGCACCAAAAUCAUUUGGUGGUAGAAUGUUUUGUAUAUUUUAUGGAUUAAUUGGUAUACCAUUUACAUUAUUGGCUAUUGCUGAUUUAGGAAAAUUUAUUUCUGAGGUUAUGGUAUCAGCAAGUAAUAUUUAUACUGUAGGAAUAAAAAAGAUUAAAAAAAAAUUAAGAUUAUAUAGAGAUAAUAAAUAUUUUGGUUUUAUUUUAAAACAAAUAAUACAAAAAAGUCCAUCUAAUUCAAAAAAAGUUUCAAUUUACAUUAAUCCUGAGCAUGUUGAAGACCUAGAAAAUGGAUUAAAUUACAAAGAAGAUUUAAAUAAAAUUGAAAGACCAUUAAUGUCGCAAAAUAAUAAUUGUUUAAGAAAUUCUAAUAAAAAUUGUAAUUCAAAUGAUAAUAUUUAUAAUUAUGAAGAUAAAACUUCUAUAUUAGAAUUUGAAAAUAAUAAAAAGAAGGAAGAGGAAUCAGAUAGUGAAGAUGAGGAGAAAAGCCAUAGUUAUUCAAAUCAAACAUGUUCCUUAAUGGGAUUAUUUAUUAUUUACAUUAUUCUUGGGGGAAUGAUGUUAUCAGCUUACGAGCCAGAAAUGACAUUUUUUAAUGCUAUUUAUUUUAAUUUUGUCUCAUUAACUAGUAUUGGUUUAGGUGAUAUAGUACCAAAAUCACAAGAAUAUAUGUUUUUUACAAUUAUAUAUAUUGCUAUAGGUUUAGCAUUGACAACAAUUGCUAUUGAUAUUGCAGCUGAUUAUCUUAAAAAAUUACAUUAUUUUGGAAGAAAAAUUGAAAAUGUUGCCUCUGUUACAAUAUGGUUUGGUGGAAAAAAAUUAACAAUGGGACAAUUAGUUAAAAAUCUUGGUGAUCAAUUUAAUCUUCCUAUGACAACUAUAAAAAAUUUAAAUUUAGACGAUUUUGUUGAUAAGGCAAUUAAAGUUGAAGCUGGUGAGAUUGAAUCAUUACGUCCACCACCAUUAGAACCUAAAAAUAUAAUGACACUUGAUGAAAGUGUUAGUUUUGCUGAUGGUAGUGAUGAUUGGAUUCCAAAUGAUAAAGAAGAUUUUACUCCAUUUAUUUGUCCAAAAAAUGAAUCACCAAUAAUUGAAAGUUUUCCAAAAAUUCUUACACCUAUAGUUGAAAAUUUUCCAACAUUAUUAAAAGAAGAAAUUCCAAUUAGAACACCUACACCAGAAAUACUAUCACCUACACCUUCAUCUAAAGUAUCAAUACCCAAAUGUAUAACACCUAUACUACAAAAAAUUGAGACACCAGAACCUGAAAUUGAAUUAUUACCACCUAUAAAAACACCAUCACCAGAGGUAAAAGAAGAAGAUACAUCUGUAGAUGAUUAUUUAAAUCAAAAAAGACGUGGAUAUAGUGAAGAUGCAUGGAGAAGGUAUCAAGAAUAUCAAAAACAAUGGCAAAAAUUACGACAAGUUAAGCAUAAUAAAGGAAAAUCACCUAACAGAAAAUUUUUUUCUGUUGUUGAAACUGUUACAGAUGAGGUAUUAAAGAAUGAAAAAAAACGUAAAGCAUCAGAGUUUUCAUAUCUUUCAUCAAAUACACCAACCUCAUCUGAGUCAAGUAUAAAAUUUGACAAAAAAAAUAGUCUCCAACAUGAGAUGUUUCGUCCCAUCUCAAGAAAUAGGAGUAGUUUAUCAUCAUCAACUAAUAAAUCAACUGAUAUUAAAAGAAAAAAAAGUCCUUCAGUUAACACUGGUGAAAGGGUUAAUGUUAAACAUAGUAAUGAAAAAAAUAAUUUAACUGGAAAUGAUGAAACGUUAAAUAUUAUAGAUGACAAUGAUAAAAAUACAAAAACAAACUUACCAGUCAAAGGUAAACCACCAUCUAUAACAUCAUUAUCAACAAGAUUACCUAAAGGAUCAAGAUAA